AUGCCUUCCAUACAGUUUUACCUUCUAGGACAAGACCCUGCUACAGGGCAUGAGAUCGAGGUUAAUUCCAGCGAAGUUUCUGACUAUGACUCGCUCCGUCUGCUGGUAGCAGGACACUUUGCUGUCUUGGAGCCGAGUGGUAUCGACUUCUCCGUGGACAACGAGACCUUGACAGGGGUGUCCGAGAUCAUCAACAGUCAGCAACCGGUCGCAAUCACGAUUGACGGCAAGCAAGUCAGAGAUGUGCCAGGUCCCAAAGGUUUCCCUUACAUUGGGAACUACUAUGAGAUAUACCCUGAUCAUCUUGGCAACCAUCAGAGACUGUUCGACACAUACGGACCAGUAUUCAAGACGUCCAAUUUCGGAAGUGUUGUCUAUCAAACCAAUGAUCCUGUGAUCGCCAACCAUGUAUUCAACGAGAAUGGAUUCUUCACCAAGCAAAUCACACCUGAGCAUCCGCUCUUCGGCAUCAUGGACCAAGAAGCAGGCUUAUUCCUUGCCGACACAGACACCGAAGCAUGGAGAUUGACACACAAAUUCCUUCCACCAGCCUUCUCACCAAAGGCUGUCAGACAUUACAGCCCUAAGAUGCAGCAAACCGUGGAGUCGGCAUACAAAGUGUUCGAUCAAUUGGACGAGCAAGGUGAUGCUUUCAACGUUUAUCUUUAUAUGUUGAAGCUGGGCUCUCAAGCAGUUGGUCAGCUUACACUUGGCCUCGACUUUAACCACUUCUCCUCUGUGUAUGCACCUAUGCACAAGAUGGUGCGCGACAUUGCGGAGCUACUCGAACUGAACAAGAAGGUCUCUACUAUGGGAGCAUGGUACUCAUACUUGCCUUUCGGCGAUCCAGCGAGAUUGAGACACGUCAGGAACGAACUUGAACAGCAGAUGGAAGCGGCUAUUGCUGCAGUGACUCCCAAUGGUGUCGAAGACCUCGAAUUGCAAGACGCAGCACUCAAAGCAUCAUGUAUUGCAGACUAUGCGGUUCGUGCUGUUGACAACCAAGGCGAGAAGCUACCGAAGCGUUACAUGAGUCACUCGAUCAUGGUUGCAACCGCAGCCGGAUUUACAACCACCUCAUCGCUUCUCUCAUGGCUCCUCUACGGCUUGACAACGUACGAGGGUAUGCAGGAACGUCUUCUGCAAGAGCUCAUUGACAACGACAUCGACGACGACACAGUACUAGACGCCGAUAUCAUCGGCAAGCUUCCCUUCCUGGACAAAUACGUGAAGGAGAUGCAGCGUAAACAUAACCCAUCCUACCAGCCUGGUCGUACAGCUCAACACGAUUUGAUCCUGCCGGGAGGUUAUAAGAUACCCAAGGGUGGCAUUGUCAUCCCUGCACUUCAUCACAUCCACAACAACCCCAACCUCUGGGACAACCCGGCCAAGUUCAAUCCUGAUCGCUGGGACACCGAGGAGGUCAAGAACCGCCACCGCUCCGCCUAUGUUCCCUUCGCUCAAGGUCCUCGUGGCUGCAUCGGAUUCAACUUCGCAUUACUCGAAGUAAAGAUCUUCCUGCCCAAGCUGGUAUAUCGUUACCAUUGGUCAAAGGUUGAUGAGGAGGCUGUGGAAUACGAUCCGUUCUUCCAACUCAUUAGGCCUACCAACUUCAUGGCACGGGCGGAGAGAAGAGUCAAAUGGCCUGCAAAGUCUGCUUGA